AUGACAGCCGAAAAGAAUACCACCCAUGAUGCAUUUCGUCUUGAUGGCAAGAAUUGUAUUGUUACUGGAGGAGCUCGAGGUAUAGGCCAUGGUAUUGUCCGUGCAUUUGCACAAGCGGGAGCUUCCAAAAUUGCCAUACUGGAUGUGCGUGAUGAGUUGGGAAAAGAGGCAGCAAAGGAGGUGGGCAAUGAGUUCCCUUCGUGUAAAGUCAAAUAUUACCAUUUAGAUAUCAGCAAUUUUGACGAGGUGCAAGCCGUGUAUGAACAAAUCGAAGCCGACUUUGGUGCUAUUCAUGUCCAAGUGAGCAAUGCUGGCAUUGCCGAAUACAAGCCUGCUUUGGAACAUACACCCGAAUCGUGGCACAAGAUCAUGCGAGUGAAUUUGGAUGGUACUUUUUGGACAGCCCAAGCAGCAGCAAAACGUAUGGUGAAACAAGGCAAUGGAGGAUCCAUUAUUCUUAUCGGCUCAAUUUCGGGUCAUGUCAUUAAUCGACCUGAUGCCCAACCUGGUAUGACACAUUACUGUGUUUCCAAAGGAGCGAUUGUGCAUAUGGCCAAGGCUUUAGGAGUAGAAUGGGCAGAAUAUGGUAUCCGUGUCAACAGCUUAUCGCCUGGCAACAUUGUUACGCCUAUUGCUCCAUCCGAUGACAAGACCGUUGCCUAUUUCCGCCAUGCUACACCCUUGGCACGUAUGGGCACUCCCAAUGAAAUUGGUCGCCCUGCUGUUUAUCUUGCCUCCGAUGCUAGUUCUUUCCAAUCAUGUACGGAUGUUCUCAUUGACGGUGGUCUUUGUGCAUGGUAG